AUGGCGAUGCCGUGGCACCGGACGCUCGUUUGCUUGUUUUUGCACAGCUCGCUUCUUCUUGCCCAAUGUCCUCCGCUGGGACCGAUCCUUCCCGCUCCGACCGGAUUGAGCCAGAACCCGAUGUUUCAACAGCUUGUCGCCCAGGUCAACGCGCAGCUGCUGAACGUGAGCUCCUCGCUCAACCAAACCGCCGUCUCGGUCGGGAUGAGGAGCGUCCAUGAGGCUGGACCGCUCUUGAACUUCCACUAUACGCCGCAGGAGUUCAACGCCAGCGGCGCGCACAAGGUCGACGGCAACACCGUGUAUCGUGUCGGCAGCGUGACCAAGGUGUUUACGGCGCUCGGGAUCCUCCAGUUGGAAGGCAAGAUCAAUCUUGCCGACCCCGUCACCAAAUACGUCCCCAAACUUGCCGGGAUUUCGGGUUCCAACAACAGCUUGACCGCCGUGGACUGGAACACGGUCACGGUAGAAGCACUUCUGACUCACCUGGGCGGGGUGCCCGUGGAUCUCGCCGGCGGCCCGAUUGAAUACAUUCCGGGGAUGGCCCAGACAAUGGGACUCCCACAAUUGUCCCAGUCCCAGCAGCCGCCUCCUUGCGGUGAAAUGCCUGGACAAGCAGCAUGCUCGUUGGACGACUUUCUCAACCACAUCGGCUCCAAACCUCCGAUUUACCGCCCGUUCACCACCCCGGUGUACUCGAAUAUCGGCUACGCCGUGCUCGGUCGGAUCAUAGAGAACGUGAGCGGACAGACGUGGGCAGACUACCUUGAGCAGAACAUCGCCCGAAAAGCAGGCAUGAACCGUACAACCGGGGUCGAUGCUCCAGCCAGCAAUCUGGGGUUCAUUCCAGCAGAGUCGAACUGGUGGGGAACAUCCCUUGGGUUUCUCAGCAGUGACGGCGGCGCAUACGCAAGCAACAACGACAUACUAUCCUUUGGCAAGGCCAUCCUGUCCAACACGCUGCUCGACUCGGCUCAGACACGCAAAUGGAUGAAACCCAUGACGUUCACGUCGUCGAUUGGCAUGGCGGUGGGUGCAUCGUGGGAGAUUGUGCGAGGCCCCAACCUCACCGCGGACGGGCGGAUCAUCGACUUCUACGCGAAGUUGGGCGACGUGGGGGAUUACUCUGCGAUUCUGGCCCUCGUGCCGGACUUUGAUCUGGUGAUCGCGAUGAACUUCGCCGGGCCGGACAGCGACGAGACGGUCGGUCUCGGGAUAUUCUCGCAGCUCGUCCAGGCGAUCAUCCCCGUCGUCGACCAGAUCGGCAAGAGCGAGGCGUCGGCGAAGCUGGCGGGGACGUACAGCGCGCGUCCCAACUCGAGUCUAGAGCUGUCGGUCGACGACUUUGGCGUGCUGGUGUCGAAUUUCUCGGCCAACGGCGUCGACGUCGCCGAGGGGUAUUCCGCGUUGAACGGCGCUGCGGACGUGCCCACGACCAUCAGGCUGUAUCCGACGAACUUGCAGGCCGGAAACGGGUCGUCGGCAUGGCGCGCCGUGUAUACGGUUGGCACGGCGGAGGAUGCCGCGGCGGUUGAUGCGCAGCUGUUCUUCCCGCAUGGAAGUUGCCAGACUUGGUUGGUGAUUGAUCGGAUCGAGUAUGGGUGGGAGUCGAUUGACUAUUUCGUGGUCACCGAGGAUGCGAGCGGGAAGGUUGUGGGCGUCGAACCCAAGGCGUGGAGGCUGAAGCUGGAGAGAACGGACUGA